AUGGCUCCGCGCUGCUAUUGCUCUGGCGCAUCGUGUACUAAUCGGUGGCGAAGCAACACCACCGCGAAAACCCAGAUCGAACAGCUUCAAGCCCGCAUUACUCAGCUGGAAGCGGCGCUCGAACAGUCACGCGCGCAGAACGGCGCGCCGCUUCCAGCUUCACAGGAUUUGCCUCCAGCGGCCAUCAGCAAUAACACCCCGACGCCUCUUUUCACCGGCCCACAGAACAACAACAUUAUCUCGAGACUAUGCCAGCGGCAGUGGCAGCUGAACAGCGACGCCGAAGGCCAGUACAAGUUUUUCCGCCCCACGUCGAGCUUGCACCUCACCGAAAGCGUUUCCCUGUCCGUCCUGGGCGCGUGGGAGGAGUCGCCCGUGACGGACGACGCCCUGACCAUUGACGACAUCGACGACGAGACUCAAUCCCAUCUUCUGGACCUCUACUGGCACUACCAACACACCAGUCUCCAGAUAUUCCACAAGCAAACCUUCCUUAAUGCCCGGGCCGCUAGACACCCCAAGUAUGUAAGUAAGACCCUACUAUACUGUAUAUUUGCGUGCGGUGCGCGAGUGUCGCCGCGCCCUGCGAUCAAAGCAAUGGUCCUACCCGAGGGCGAUGAUGACCUGGACGACAACCAGCCACAUCUCAUCGCGAUGAUUACAAAGCAUAUGGAGGAGGAAUUAAAGCGGCCCCGCAUUACCACGAUACAAGCACUUUUACUGCUGUCAUUCAUCUACUGUGCACUGGGCCAAGACACGAAAGGCUGGCUCCUGACUGGCCAUGCGUGCAUGUUGGCCAUCGACUUGGGCAUUCACAAGAACCUCGUAACCCCGACAGGGGCACCGGCGCCUUCGCCCGAGGAGCUGGUGACCCGACAGUUGACCUACUGGGGCUGCAUGAUGUUUGAUAGAUUCUGGGCCCUGUACCUGGGACGCCCAGCCUGUCUAAAGGCGGACGGGUCGUCUUUGGAUUGCGCCCCAUGGGUCGAAUUGGAAGAUCCCUGGGAAGCUCGCAUGGCUCGUGCCUGGGCCACGCUGGUCAAAACCACGGGCGACAUCUGCGAGGCCCUCAACUCGGAGGGCUGCACCCUGGAGCGGCUCGAGCAGCUGGACGGCCAACUCCAGUCCUGGCACGACAAUCUGGACGAGUCGAAUCGCUAUCGCAAAGACACGUCCCCGUCCGUCGUGACCAUGCACCUACAGUAUGCCGCCGGCAAGAUCCUACUCCAUCAGCCAAAUGCCAAGUUUGGCAGUCGUUUCACCGAUCUCGACAGCCGAAGCUCCGACUCUAGGAGACAGUGCGUGCAUUAUGCCACCGAGGUGGCGCGAUACCUGCAAGACUAUCGCUUGAAACACGGGGAUGGCUCGUCCCUUCUCGGGAUCGCGCUCCACUGCAUCGCCACUGCUGUAACAACACUCAUUGCGUCCAUUGCGGAGCGAGGCUCGGACAAACGGGCGCUCGAGUUGUAUUCACUCAAGAUCUGUGUGCGGACUCUGAGCGAGAUGGAAAAGUCCUACCUGGUCGCGCGGAGGGUGAGAAAAAUCACCCAACUCAUUAUCCGAGUGUGCCACCUAGAAAAGGAAUACCAGUCCAGCCACGACUUGCCAACACCGGUCUCGACCGAUCAACACGACUGCCCGGACCCGCAGAUUGACGGUGGAGCAACGAUGCAAGACCCCUCGCUGACUGGAAGUAGCAUGUUUGCCCAAGCGGCCAUGACCAGCUACAGUCCUUUUUCUUUUGACGAACUCAUGCCAUUGUCUGCACAAAUGGACAUCUUUCACACGUUUGAUACCGAAAUGGAGACUGGACAAAGGGCGUUCUCGGGAGCCUUUGGCUGA